CCAUCUGGGAGAACGCUCCGGGAUGGGUUUCCCGGCGGCCGCAGCUCCCCGCGCCGGUGGCUCGGGAAUGCCGGCGGCUCGGGGUGAAUUCCCAGGAACAGGUACCUGGCCCGCCCCUCCCAGCCCCGGGGCGGGAGCGAGGGGCAGGAUCGGCUCUGGGCUCUGCCCACACCCACUCGAGUCCCGGCGGGCGGAGAGGAGCGGCCGGAGCGAUCCCGCAGCGAUCCCGCAGCGCUCCCGCAGCGCUCCCGGCAUGGGGAACAUCGCCUGCGUGCCGCAGGCUCCCGGCGGCUUCAGGAGCUCCUUCCGAAGGAAAGCCUCGCUGAAGAAGGAACAAAAUGGCAAGAAAAAGCUGCCCAGCUUCUUUGGGAUAGAUGGAGGCCAGGAGAGAGACACGACCACGGACAAAAUCCUGCAGUAUAUUCCAGCCAAGAUUAUUCAGAAGCAGGAAAACCAGAAGGAAAACUUGGACCAGAGGUUCCCCAGCCUCUUCAGGAAGGGUCGAAGGAAAACGGUUGUCAGGAAUUUGGGCAAAAUGAUUUAUUACUCCAAGGUCAAGUUUAAGUUCCAGCACUGCCAGGAGGUCAACAGCUGCUUCCUGGAGCUCUUCCAGUCCUACCUGUACUUCCAGUCCACGGCUCCCAACGGCCUCACCUACCAGGGGCUGCUGCCUCUGAAGGAGCUGGAGGUGCGGGAGCUGGGCGCUGGGCACAGCCCCGGGCAGCAGGACCACGCUUUCCACAUCUCAGGGCCCCUGCUGAACCCCCUGGUGGUGUUCUGCCCGUCCGAGGCCGAGCUGAAGCAGUGGCUGUACCACCUGGAGAAGCAGAUCCAGCUCUGUGGAGGGAGCCUGGCCUUGCCCCUGCUGGCCCAGAGCGGCCGGACGCAGAGCGCCGGGGACAAGGAGGGGCUGCGCUGGUCCCUGCAGAACCUGCCCGUGCAGGACUGGAGAGGCACCCAGCGGGAAUCCCUGGGAGAAAUCCUCUGCGUGUCCAAGGUGAAGCUCCAGCACCUGCCCUUCCAGGAGCAGCACGACCGGCUCCUGGUGCUCUACCCCUCCACGCUGGUGAUCGUGUCCGAGGAGCCCGGCGGCCUCUGCUUCAAGGGAGAGCUCCCCCUCAACGCCAUCCAGGUGCUUUUUGAGGAGAAUGACAAAACCUCCUUUUUGAUCGAAGGCCGGCUGAUCAACUCCAUCCGGGUGACCUGUCCCAGCUACCAGGACUACCAGGAGUGGCUCUACUGCCUCAAAACCGCCCAGUUCCGAAACGCCGACUCCUCCCUCUCGGGCUCCGAGAGCUUCUCCGCGGGCUCCAAGCCGCCACACCCCAGCCAGCUCCCCAGCAGCGGCAGAGGGUCCCUCAGCUCCGAUGGCCGCACCAACUCCUGGGCGUCCGCAGGGAGAGUGACCACGCUGAGCCAGCCCUGCCAGGCCAGCGGCUCCCUGCCCGACGGCCGCCCCUUCCUGCUGGGCCCCCAGGGCCGGCUGCUCCAGGAGCCCCUGUCCCCCGGCUACUCCCAGCCUCUGCACAGCCUGGCACAGCCCGGCUGGCCCACGCAGGAGCUGCACAGGGGGAACAGCGCCAGGAAAUCCAAGGGCAAGAGCAGCGGGCAGCAGCUGCCCAGCCAGGAGCCCGAGAGGGGCGUCUGCAGCCUCAUCCCCGAAGGGCCCGCGGGGGAGACGCAGUGCCCGCUGUACCACGAGCCCUGCGCAGCUCCCGGGCCCCAGCAGCACCCCCUGGCACAGCGGGAGCUGGGCAGGUUCCUGCAGUGCCACGGGCAGACAGGACCAGCCCAGGGCCCUGUGCCGGGUCCCCAGCAGCUGUCCCUGGAGCAGUGGCACUGCCAGCCCCUGCCAGGGCACUGCAGGGAGGUGCCCACGGUCCCCAUCUACAGCACCCCGGGCACCUCACAGCACCUCCGGCUGCGGGCACCAGCCCAGGGCUCCUACCUGGGGGAGAUCUCCGCCCUGCCACAGGAACACCUGAGCCCCGAGCUGCAUCCCCCAGAUGGCACCUAUGACCUGCCGGAUGGCACCUGUGCCCUGGCAGACGGCUCCUGCUCCUGCUCCUGCCAGGACUCGCUGUCCUACCACGACUACGCCGAGCUGCAGAGCUUCCAGAGCGACCUGAGCUACGACAACCUGUGGGAAGCGGAGGGGAAGGAGCCCCCGCACGUGUUCCAGGUCUGAGGCUGCUCCUGGCACAGGAGCCCGGCUCCUCUCUGCCCUCCGUGGCCUGGCAGCUGCAGGGGCAACCCUGCCCCAGUCCCGGCGUGGGGCCGAGCACAGCAGCCCCAGAGCGCCCCAGUCUCCAUGGGCUGGAGGAGCUGCUGAAAAACCCCAAAACCAGCUCUGCCUCCUGAAAAUCCCGGAGCGAAAAGGGCCAGGCUCCCUCGGGUGAAGGGGACUCGGUGUUGGGAGGGAGAAACAAAAGGGUGCCUAGGUCAGCUUGGGUUCCUUUGCACCCUCAAAGCUCCUUGGGGGGAUCCCCCAGAUCAGCCAGAGUGAGCUCCAGAGGCUGGCAGGACCCACAGGGCAUCCCCCAGAUCAUCCAGAGUCUGGCAGGACCCACAGGGCAUCCCCCAGAUCAGCCAGAGGCUGGCAGGACUCACAGGGCAUCCCCCAGAUCAGCCAGAGAGAGCUCCAGAGGUGGGCAGGACCCACAGGGCAUCCCCCGUCCUGGCAGGGAAAAAACUCCAGCCCCACUGAGCACCGUGGGCUUUUCUUUUCACCUCCUGCCAGUGCUGGCUCCAAAGCUGGUGCCAGCAAAAAUUGCCAGGUGAUCUCUGCUCCCAGCUCUUCCCUGCAGAGGAAACCCCAAAUCCCCCCAAAUCAGGGGAUCCCUCCUUUCCUCCCAGCCCUGCCCAUGCCUGGGCUCGCCCCCAAUGCUGCCUGGGGCUGUCCAGGCAAGGAGGGGAGAAAAUCCCCCCGGGAGAAACUCCAGAACAGCCAAAGUGACCAGAGCAGUGCCAGGGGGCUGGGGUGUCCCCGGUGUCCCUCUGGGUCCCUGCAGAGCCAGGGCAGGACACAGACAAGGCACAGAGGCUCAGGGUUGUUCUUUUCCAGCCUCUCGGGCCAGGUCCUUUGGAAGGUCAGCAGCAAAUCCCAAUAUUUUCACCUGAGGCUCUGAAUUCUUAACCUUUGCUCCCUGCAGAGGCUGCAAACCAAGCACAGCAACAAAACCUCUGCUUUGGUUCUCUCUCUGGUGCAAGCACAACCAUUUGUACUUUAAUAUCUCUGGUUGUUAAUGUCGGGUUUUUUCGGGGGUACCCAACAAAGUUUACAUGUAAAGGCUGAGUGGGUUCUGAGUAUUUAAAUGUAAAUAUGGCUGAGUUGAAGUGCUGUUUAAUUUUCUAGCUGUGGCUGGUGUUCAGUUCUGUAAAACACCUUCAGGAGUUUGUGGC